GACCGCCCGACUCCGAAACAUCUGGGCAAGGGGGGGCACGGAGGAGCGGAGCGCCCUGUUAUGUGUGCUCGUCCGCCCGUCUGUCAGGCCUGCUACCCACAACGCCGUGCGGCCCUGGCCGCUCCGUCAUGGAGGCAACAGCACUGGGGACCGCUGGAGCAGCCGCAGCCCGACAAGCAGAAGCCGCACUGGCGGCGGCCCGAAACCUCCCCUCUUCCCGCCGGGCGACUUGAGUCGUCUUGCCUCGCAGGGGCUCCGCCAACAUGAGUGGAGGCGGGGACGGCGGCGGCGGCUCCGGCUCCUCUUCGUCUGCUCCCGGCCGCUUCGCUGACUACUUCGUCAUCUGCGGUCUGGACACCGAGACUGGUCUGGAACCGGACGAGCUUUCCGCAUUAUGCCAGUAUAUACAGGCCUCUAAAGCCCAAGAUUGUGGUGGCCGUUUCAUUUCAAGUUCAGCAGAAGGUGAAAAUUUUGAACAAACUCCACUAAGACGCACAUUCAAGUCCAAAGUUCUUGCUCGUUAUCCUGAAAAUGUGGAAUGGAACCCUUUUGAUCAGGAUGCAGUGGGAAUGUUAUGUAUGCCUAAGGGUCUAUCGUUCAAGACACAAGCUGAUGCCCGAGAACCUCAGUUCCAUUCAUUUAUAAUUACCCGUGAAGAUGGCUCACGAACAUUUGGGUUUUCUCUGACAUUUUAUGAGGAAGUUACCAGCAAACAAAUCUGUAGCGCAAUGCAGACAUUGUAUCAUAUGCACAAUGCAGAAUAUGAUAUUCUUCGUACUCCACCUACAAAUGAUAAGGAUAACUGUAGCACCAUAGAAGACUGUAAUAGCACCUCUGUAUCAAAGCUACAGCGAUUUAACUCAUAUGAUAUUAGUAGAGACACUCUCUAUGUCUCUAAGUGCAUUUGUCUGAUAACUCCUAUGUCUUUCAUGAAAGCAUGUAGGAGAGUGCUUGAGCAACUUCACCAAGCUGUAACUUCACCUCAGCCACCACCAUUACCUUUGGAAAGCUUUAUCUACAACAUACUCUAUGAAGUUCCUCUUCCUCCAGCAGGGAGAUCCCUAAAGUUUUCAGGAGUCUAUGGACCAAUUAUCUGCCAGAGACCAAGCACCAAUGAAUUGCCAUUAUUUGACUUUCCAGUUAAGGAAGUUUUUGUGUUACUUGGAGUAGAGAAUAUGGUUCAACUCUUCACCUGUGCUCUUUUGGAAUUUCAGAUACUACUUUAUUCACAGCAUUACCAGAGACUGAUGACUGUGGCAGAGACAAUCACGGCACUGAUGUUCCCAUUCCAGUGGCAGCAUGUGUAUGUUCCCAUCCUUCCAGCCUCUCUCCUACAUUUUCUAGAUGCUCCUGUCCCUUAUUUGAUGGGAUUGCACUCUAAUGGACUGGAUGACCGGUCUAAGCUGGAGCUUCCCCAGGAGGCAAAUUUGUGUUUUGUGGAUAUAGACAACCACUAUGUUGAGCUGCCAGAAGAUUUGCCUCAAUUUCCAAAUAAACUUGAAUUUAUUCAGGAAAUCUCUGAGGUUCUUAUGGCUUUUGGGAUUCCUCCUGAGGGAAACUUACAUUGUAGUGAAAGUGCCUCCAAAAUGAAAAGCCUCAGGACAUGUGACAUAGUCUCUGAUAAGAGAAAUGGGAACUUAGGAGGACCAACUUUAAAUUCUUAUGAAUUACUGAAAGAAAAUGAAACCAUAGCAAGACUUCAAGCACUUGUUAAAAGAACAGGCGUGAGCCUAGAAAAGGUUGAAGUUCGAGAAGAGAUUAGUAGUAAGAAGGACCUCAAAGUGCAAUGUGAUGAAGAAGAAUUCAAGGUUUACCAGCUCAACAUUAAAAUACGGGAAGUUUUUGCUAAUCGUUUCACUCAGAUGUUUGCAGAUUAUGAAGUAUUUGUUAUUCAACCAAGCCAAGACAAAGAAUCAUGGUUUACCAAUAGGGAACAGAUGCAGAACUUUGAUAAAGCAUCCUUCUUGUCUGACCAGCCUGAGCCUUAUUUGCCUUUCCUCUCAAGAUUUUUGGAGACACAGAUGUUUGCUUCUUUUAUUGACAACAAGAUAAUGUGCCAUGAUGACGAUGAAAAAGAUCCUGUCUUGAGAGUGUUUGAUUCUAGAGUGGAUAAAAUUAGGCUCUUAAAUGUCCGAACUCCAACCUUGCGCACAUCCAUGUAUCAAAAGUGCAAUACCAUUGAUGAGGCUGAGAAAGCUAUUGAGUUAAGGCUAGCAAAAAUAGAUCAUACUGCAAUCCAUCCCCACUUGCUUGAUAUGAAGAUUGGACAAGGAAAAUAUGAACCUGGUUUUUUCCCCAAGCUUCAGUCUGAUGUACUUUCUACAGGGCCAGCAAGCAAUAAAUGGACCAAGCGAAAUGCACCUGCGCAGUGGAGGAGAAAGGACAGACAGAAGCAGCAUACAGAGCACCUUCGUCUUGACAAUGACCAGAGAGAGCAGCUGGAUUUUCCUUUGCCCAAGCUUCAGUUGCAAUUAUAUUUAGACAUGGACCAUCAUGAUUGGCCUUUCAGGCAAUCUAUUAAAUCUGUUUCAGAGCUUUACCUGAAAUAUAUCCAAGAAGCCAGGAAUCUAGGCAGCACUAUCCGGCAGCCCAAAUUGUCUAAUCUGUCACCAUCAGUAAUUGCCCAAACAAAUUGGAAAUUUGUUGAAGGUUUGCUGAAAGAAUGCCGAAAUAAGACAAAGAGGAUGCUAGUGGAGAAAAUGGGUCGUGAAGCAGUGGAACUUGGUCAUGGUGAGGUGAAUAUUACAGGUGUAGAAGAAAACACAUUGAUAGCCAGUCUCUGUGAUCUCUUGGAAAGGAUAUGGAGCCAUGGUCUGCAAGUAAAGCAGGAUAGAAGCUGUACUACUUUCAUCCUAGAAGAUAGAGCAUCAGUAUACUCUGCUACAACUCAGAUUUGGGCCUUUCAGACCAGCAAGCGGCCAACCCUACAUAAGGGGAAGUCUGCUUUGUGGUCACACUUGUUACAUUACCAAGAAAAUCGUCAGCGAAAACCUACAUCAGGAAGUUUCAGUACCUCAGGAAUUCUUCUAGAUGCAGAAAGAAGAAAGUCAGAUGCCAGCCCAGUAAUGUCUCCCUUGAAAGUAUCACUGAUCCAGGACAUGAGGCAUAUCCAGAAUAUUAGUGAGAUCAAAACAGAUGUUGGUAAGGCCAGAGCUUGGGUUCGGCUCUCCAUGGAAAAGAAAUUACUCUCCAGACACCUGAAACACCUUCUCUCAGAUCAUGAACUCACAAAAAAACUUUACAAACGCUAUGCUUUCCUCCGCUGUGAUGAUGAGAAAGAGCAGUUCCUUUAUCAUCUUCUGUCCUUCAAUGCUGUUGAUUACUUUUGCUUUACCAAUGUUUUUACAACCAUCUUGAUUCCAUACCAUAUACUGAUUGUUCCUAGCAAAAAACUUGGUGGCUCAAUGUUCACAGCCAAUCCAUGGAUAUGCAUUUCAGGAGAGCUAGGUGAAACAGGUGUCCUACAGAUCCCAAGGAAUACAUUGGAAAUGACGUUUGAGUGUCAGAAUCUGGGAAAACUUACCACAGUACAAAUAGGGCAUGACAAUUCUGGACUGUAUGCUAAGUGGUUAGUGGAGUAUGUUAUGGUCAGAAAUGAAGUAACAGGUCACACAUACAAGUUUCCAUGUGGGAGGUGGCUUGGAAAAGGGAUGGAUGAUGGCAGUUUAGAAAGGAUCCUGGUAGGAGAAUUACUGACAUCCCAUACUGAGGUGGAUGAAAGACAGUGCAGAACACCUCCUUUGCAGCAAUCCCCAAGCAUGAUCAGAAGAUUUGUUACAAUAUCACCAAACAACAAACCAAAGUUAAACACAGGUCAGAUACAAGAAUCCAUUGGUGAAGCAGUAAAUGGAAUUGUCAAACACUUCCACAAACCAGAGAAAGAGAGAGGCAGUUUGACAGCUUUGCUUUGUGGAGAAGGUGGGCUUGUUUCAGCUCUUGAGCAGGUGUUUCAGCAUGGAUUUAAAUCUCCCAGGCUUUUCAAAAAUGUAUUUAUCUGGGACUUUUUAGAAAAAGCACAAGGCUAUUACGAAGCUCUAGAUCAGAAUGAAAUGGUUCCAGAAGAAAACUGGCAGAAAAGAGCCCGGAGUUUUUGUCGCUUUGUCACAGCCAUCAACAACACUCCUAGAAACAUUGGGAAAGAUGGCAAGUUUCAGAUGCUGGUGUGCCUUGGUGCCAGAGAUCACCUCUUGCACCACUGGAUUGCCUUGCUGGCAGACUGCUCCAUCACCGCUCAGAUGUAUGAGGAAACAGCACUCAUAAAGGAUCAUACAUUGGUGAAUUCCUUGAUACGUGUGCUACAGACCUUGCAGGAGUUUAACAUCACACUGGAGGCAUCUCUCGUUAAAGGAAUUGACAUCUGAUCUGACUCAAGCUACAAGCACUGUUAAAAGAAAAAAGCAACAAGAAAUAAAACAUUAGUGUGCAAAGAUUCUGUAUGCUAAUACAUUACAUCCAAACAUUCAUGUCACUCAACACAACUCUUCUGGAAAGAAGCUCCAAAUUAGAGUGUGAAAAUAGGGAUUGAAGCUAUAUACCCAAUGUGUAAAGGAGAAAAGAUACCUUAAAUCACAUUUAGAGUUUAUUUGCUGAUUUGCUUUUACACACUUUCAUGUGAAAGAGUUAGAUAAUAAGUAUUGUGCAGCUUAUUUUAAAGCUGUAAUAUUUCUUUGCCAUAGAAAAUGAUGCAGUGAGGAAGCUCUUGCAUUCUCAGAACUUGCCUUCAGACUGUAUCUUGCAAAGUGUAAUUAAUACAUUCCAUUUCUGUUAAGAGUUAUUAAGCAAUUUAAAACUAACAUUUCAUUAUGUACUUAUAUUAUCAUCCCUGGCCUUUCCAAUUUGGGUUACUGCUGCGCUUCAAAGAAACUAAAAGUUUAAAUAUUGUUUUUAAGAGUCUCAAAGUCCUUCAUUAGCAAAACACUUUUUCAUUUUGUUGACAGUAUUAUUUUUAGCAGAUUUUGGAGGACUGAACCAUGCAGAUGCACAGAGAUUAGUGAUAUUUUUUCAUAUGGUACGGAAUUGCACAGAGAAAAGUAUAUGUGUGUUUUUAACUGGCAUUUAUUUAUUUAACUUUUCAUCAUGUUGUCUUUGUCUUAAAAAAGGAUAAAUAAUCUUAUAUAUUGAACAGGCUAUGUUACAUGUCUGUUGUGUUUUUAAGUCAGGACCGAAUAAGAGUUCAGUUCACUUAAAGAGAAGCCCAGGAUAAGAGUAUCUGUCAGCAAAAUCUCAGCAUCAACCCAGCUUUCAAAUUCAACUUGUUUAUGUUUCACCCCUCCAAUCAUAAAAAUACUGAAAAGAUCAUGCUAAAGCCAUACAUACACUAUGUAAUGGUGACCAAUGUAUAAAUCUGUAGAAUUGGAUUUUGCAGGUUUCACAAUCGUGUGACAUCCUGCAGUACUGGCACAACUUUAUAACGGCAUCAUAAGCACAUGUGCUGGCUCAAUUAUUUGAGGUUGGGUAUGAGUGAGGUCAGUAUUACUGUGACUUAUUCUGCUACUCAGCCUAAUGCCAUGUCAGGUUUUCAAAUCCUUCUCUUGGUAACCCCAGUUCACAAGUGGAACACAUGUAACACAUGUUUUUGAAAUGCUAAGCAUUCAUGUGCUAAUUUUUGUGUUUUGUUAAAAGACUAGGUUUCUUGAAUGCUUGUGAACAUUGUGUAAAAAUAUUAGCUCACCUUCAUAGUGUUCAGAAUUUGUGAACCUUUUAAAUAGUAAAAUUACAGUUGGACAAACCUAGUGAAUGCCUGCCUAGAAACAACUGUUCUUGUUAGAAUUCUCAAGUACAAACCCUACGAGAUGCAUACUUAACUGAGGGAAUGCUAUGCUACACUGUACAGGGCUUUAGACCUCUGUAUUAGGAGGCCUUCACUGUAUAAAUGUUAUCUUAAAAGCUAGGCUCUUUAACAUAAGGAGCAAUGAUAAAGGAAGUUUCAAUUGUCAGUCUCUUCAACAGGUAGCAUUAUUCUUUAUUUCCUACAUCUUGUGGACAUUUUUAUUCCAGUAACUUAAAAAUAUAGCACAUGUAUUAAAUUUUACUAUUUUUA